AUGCUGCGCUCGCUGGAUGGCUUCGGUUGGCAGGCGGCCCGCAAACGCCUCCGCGCGGCACCAGACGUGCGCGAGGAACUGGCUGCAGCCUUCCAAAGGGAAGAUGAGCUGCAGGAAGAAGUGCAACCAGAGUUUUCGGCGCCACCGUCCAAGCAACUUGAAAACAUGGAGAUGAAAUGCAACAGGCUGCGCGCCGAGGGCUGCUUCCUUGCUCAAAACGAGCGUUAUGCGGAGGCCUUGCAGCACUGGGAAGAAGCCUUGCUCUUCACCGAAGACGUUUGUGAGCGAGCUCCUGUGCUCGAGCAGAUGGCUCAGGUGUUACUGAUUCUCGAUCGGUCUUUUGACGCAAUCAGGACCGCAGAACAGGCUGUAGAAAGCCGGCCUUUGUGGUAUGCUGGCCAUCUGACUUUGGGCCGCGCCUUGCUGAAUUUUGGCGAGCUGGAGAGGGCCGUGGAGUGCCUUCGUCGAUCCGCAGCCUUGCUUGAAGAGGCAUCCGCUAACGCCCCCAGCAUGGACGGGGAGGAACUUGCAGAGGUCCGCCUGGAGCUUGCAGAAGCUGAAAAGCUGUACAGGGAGGUGAGAGACCGUGCAAGCACCACUUCGGACCAGGUCAUCAUCAACGGCCGCGUGGUCGAGUCCCAUUUUUGGGAGUGCAGCCUGCCUGUGCUUAAGGGGCUGCACGACGAGCGCGCGUUCCAGCAGGAUGUCAUGCAGUUCGAAGUGAGAAUGAAGGCUUGUCCAAUUGACGUGCAGUUCAGCUUCCGUGCCGAUCAGCCUGGAAGACAUACGCACCAGGGCAAGAAGCUGCACAGCAUGCAAACGCAUUUGGUUGAAGCCGAAGAAGCACAAAGCCGUGCUGACAAGCUGCUGGACACAAGCCUGGUCAUCAGCGUGCUCAGCGCCUGGUACAGAGAGAACCGGCUUGAGAAGUUCUACACCGGCAAAGUGGUACAAACUCUCUUCAAGAGCUUUGCCCGGGAUCUAGAGGAGGUGACUGCCGCCAUGUACCGCCAUGUAGGCUUCUUGCAAGAGGUGGUUGGCGUGUUGGAGGCUUGCGCUCCAAAACUUUCCAAAGAGGUCCUCCAGCUGCUUGGUGACAGCUCGGAGAGCGAGGAUGGCUCCCCCUCCAGGAUCUCGGGAAGAAAGCGUCCACGAGCGGAAGAGUGCCGACCAUGUCAAACCGAGGAUGCGGCUCGCACGGGUGGGAUGAGGCCAUCCUGGCAACCGCAGCGCGAAGGUCUGCAUUCAGGAGUUUGGCUGAAGCUAGAGAUCUGGGCCAAAGGACGUCUCGCAUCUUCUAGCAAGGUAGUGCCUGAAGCCACAGCUGCUGUUUCUGCGGCAAUGCGCACAGGCGAAGCCAUGGCAGUGGCCCCUGGUCGUGCAGCCCUGUCACUUGUCAUGUCUGGAGCUACGAUCAUGCCACACUGUGGACCUACCAAUCAUCGCUUGAGGCUACACAUGCCUUUACUGCUUCCGGGCGGGCUGCGGCGGAUGUCCGGCCUGACUGUGGCUGGAGAGGCUCGUGAUUGGGAGCUGCACAGGUGUCUGAUCUUCGAUGACAGCUUCGAACAUCAGAUACAGUUGCCUGCAGCAUCCGAGGCGGAGCCUGGCUUGUCAGGGGAAGCAAGAGUCGUGCUGCUGCUGGACCUGUGGCAUCCAGAUGCGGGUGAGACUCUAAGGACAGACAAGCGACGCUGUUGCAGCGAAAAAGGGGCCGCAGCUUUCGGUCUAACUUCACUUUAA